UCAAAGUCAUCCAUUGACAACAUGCUGAACACUACAAAUUAACAGAUUCACACGUUGCACAUCGAACUAGGAAGGUCAUCCACCACCUGCUCGGUUAUGUAUAAACGUACGCUGCAGUGACGGCGAUAUGUGGCAGCUAGCCGUGUUAGCACGGAGCUAACCCCGUUUUCAGACUUCCAUGCUGGACGAAUGUGAAGUCAGACAGGCAGUGACAGCGAUCUCUGUGGGAAGUUACUCUUCACAUUGAGCAGUUCCUUCAAUGGCUGUGAACCUGAACUUGACUUCCAUAUUACCUGCAGGUAGGUGGUGAUAACCCACCCACUAGCCAACCAGGGAGCUUGGCUUUUGUUCACCUGCUUCUCAGGUAGGACGUGAGCAGAGGGGCAGGGCCACCCAGCAGGUAGGAGGGAUGCCUGUGGAGGGCGGAAGCAGCAGUGGCUCUGCUUCAGCUGCCCGUCACCCCAAGCAGAAACGCAAGGCUCACAGUUUGUCUAUCCGGCGCACCAACAGCACAGAGGACAGGCCACUGGGCAUCCAAAGAGGAGACAUGCUGGAGGGACAGGACUCCAAGCUGCCUCUCUCCUUACGGAACAAUCUUCUUGACCUUUUUGGCCAAAUUGAGCGCGAGUUCGAAAAUCUUUACAUUGAAAACCUUGAAUUACGCCGGGAAAUUGACUCCCUGAAUGAGCGUCUGACCGGAGAUGGACAGAUUAUUGAAGGAGGAGACCCCACCAAGGGAGCCCUGAAAACAAAAGCCAGCCACAGCACCAGUCAACUGUCACAGAAGCUGAAGACGACCUACAAAGCCUCUACCAGCAAGAGAUUGUACGCUCUCCACAGCAAAAUAGGUGGACCUCGCAGCUUCAGUGUGGCCACAUGGGAGUUGUGGGGUGGAGAUUCAUGGAUUGUGUCCAGUUUCAAAGCCACCACAGGGUCCCGUGCCUUGUGCCAGCUGCUCAAGGAAUACGUGGGCCACCGAGAUGGGAUCUGGGACCUCAGUGUCACACGAACUCAGCCGGUGGUCCUGGGCACCGCCUCUGCAGACCACUCGGCUCUACUGUGGAGCAUAGAGACUGGGAAAUGUCUGCUGAGGUAUGCUGGUCAUGCAGGAUCAGUCAACUCCAUCAAGUUCCACCCCACAGAGCAGAUGGCCCUCACAGCCUCUGGGGACCAGACGGCUCACAUCUGGCGCUACAUGGUGCAGCUUCCUGCCCCCCAGCCACCACCAGAUGUCAGUGCUCCAUGUGAUGAAGACCAGGACUCGUCAGACAGAGAGGAAGGCGAGGUGGAUGGCGAGGGCCCGUUUGAGGUCCCUACCGUCCGGGUCGCUACAGCAACCCUGAAGAGCCACCAGGGUGUAGUGAUCGCAGCUGAUUGGUUGGUUGGAGGCCGUCAAGUGGUGACAGCUUCCUGGGAUCGUGCUGCCAACCUGUAUGAGGUGGAGACGUCUGAACUGGUUCACACACUCACUGGCCAUGACCAGGAGCUGACCCACUGCUGUACCCACCCCACCCAGCGGCUGGUGGUCACCUCAUCCAGAGACACCACCUUCAGGCUGUGGGACUUCAGAGAUCCGUCCAUCCACUCUGUCAAUGUAUUCCAGGGACACACUGACACGGUGACGUCGGCAGUGUUCACGGUGGGCGACAACGUGGUUUCAGGAAGCGACGACCGCACAGUUAAGGUGUGGGAUUUGAAAAACAUGAGGUCGCCAAUAGCAACUAUCCGCACUGACUCAGCUGUGAACAGGAUAAGCGUCUCUGCCAACCAGAGGAUCAUCGCUCUGCCACACGACAAUCGACAAGUCCGACUGUUUGAUAUGAGCGGAGUGAGGCUGGCCCGACUUCCACGCAGCAACAGAAUGGGUCACAGACGUAUGGUGUGUUGUACAGCGUGGAAUGAAGAGAACCAGUCAUGCAACCUGUUCACCUGCGGCUUCGACCGACAGGCCAUCGGCUGGAACAUCAACAUCCCUGCACUGCUGCAGGAGAAGUGAUGCCACACACACACACACACACACACACACACACACACACACACACACACACACACACUCACACACAGACACACACACAGACACACACACACACACGCACACGAUUACACACAGUGAAGUAGGUGACUGAUCAGAAUCUAUCCAUGUACAUACAGUAUAUACAGUAUGGUACAAAUAUACACUGUAAUCUGUGGCCCUCGUACAUGCUAGUAUGCUUUAAGUGUUUUCCCUGUGAAACGUGAGCUGUGAUAUAUUUCACAGCUUUCCAGCAACCAAGCAAGAAGGUGUGAAAUAUGUUGUUCAUUAUCACCGUUCGUGUUAUUUUCCAGGAUGCAGCUAUUAACAUUGAUUGAUGAGAGCAUAUUAUUCCCCAGACUAAAUUAUCCCGUCUUUCAUUGUGCACAUGUGCAGCUGAAACCUGUGACUGAGACGGUUCCAACAUUUUAAAGUCCGAGUGUGUACGAGGCCACAGAGCUGCUCUUCUGUAUUUGAGCCCUUCACUUAUUUAGCAUGGAUUGUGAAUUGUGACGUGGCUAAGCUUAUCCAUUCGUCUCUAGCCCUUGCUGUUUAAAGUAUAUAUUUGACUUCAUGGUCACAGGCUGCUGCUCACAUCACUGCUGUUUUAGUUACUGCUGAAUGGACGCUCUUGCAUGUAGAUAAACAUGGUUUGCGAAUGUUACUUGUAAAGUUGUGCGAGAACAAUUAUAAGGCCAGGACCUGGCUGUAGAAUAUGAUUUAAAGACAUUAUGUGUAUAUUAAGUUGUGGCCUGAUAAAGUGACCUGUGCUGCAGGUUGUUGCUUAUUAAUGGAUUAUUGUCUCAACUGUUAUCCACCUUUUUGAAGGUGGAGCUCAGAGAGGACAACGUGGUUCUGUGAAAUGUUUUUAUUCUUUUAGUCCAACAUGAAUUCUUUCUUAUCAUGGAGUGAAACAUAUCAUAUUCAGGCCUGCGAAGUUGUCUUAACAUGUUUCAAACAGGACCUGCUGUCCUGUCUGAAGGUUUCCACUGAUCGAGAUUCAUGUCUUUGCCUAUUACCUUUGAUGCUUUCAAUUCACAGCCAGCCUCCAUAUUUAAGAUUUCAAACUUAUGAUACUGUAACUCUGCCUUGUUCCAUGUUUACAGUCUUUUUUUUUUUUUUUUUUUGAGUAUUGCUUCAUUUUGCCUUUCUGUCAGGAUGCAAAGUCUCAAGAGCAUAGCAAUAAUGGGAAAACAACUGCACUUCCGUUGCUCACAAAUCCUCAACAGGUCUGUGAAUGUUAUCCAACAUCAUCAUGCUAUAGUAUUCACUACAUGUCUCUACAGGUGUAGGUGUCCGUAAUCUGCCCCCAUAUUUCCUUGGUGUUAGUGAAAUACAGACCCAUCCUCUUCAGCCUGUUGCCAAUUCAGAGCCCUGUGUUGCUGUAGUGUGUGUGUGUGCGCGCGCUUUCCCCAAAGUGAAUUUGUUGGUUACUAGUCAUUUCUGUGUUUCAGUAACAGCCUGUCAAUAUCAAGUUAGUGUUGACACUUUGCAUUGAACCCAUAGCCUUGUACGACCUCUUGCACCUUUCUGUUUUAGAUGAAGCUGUUCAGUCUGUGAGAAGCGCUCUUUAUCCAAAAAGCAAUAAUCCAGCUUGCUGAUGUUUCUGGUGCUCAGAGUGAAGCCCAUUUCUUUUCUUGGAAAUCAGUGAAUCUGACCUGACGUAACACACUGAAUCUCAGUUUGAGAACUACACGGUAACUUAUCUGGAACUGGGCUUGACCGGAAAUCCAGGAUACUCUUUACUUGUUACACUUGUGCAAUAUCCCACACAUGAAGUCAUGCUGUCGUUUUUGACCUUCAGAUGUUUAACUUAUUUCAGUGCUGUAAAUCCCAUAAGAUGAUUUAUUGUACUCGUGUGACUGGUGUAGCUGUAGCUCAGUGUACAUAGGUAUGCAUAACUUACCCAAAAGUUGGCUUCAGCCGACACUUCACUGCUGUUUCUACCAACAAUAGAGCCGGGAUGGAUUUUUGAAGUCAAAUAUAAUGACUUGUAGAAAUGCCUUACCAUUGCAUUGAAAACGUUGCAUUAGCCUUAUCCAUCUGAGCAUCAAUGCACUUUUCCAAAUGCUUGUUAAAUAACUAAUUGUGUUCCACUGCACAGUGCAGAUAGGAUUUUUACUCCUGUUUCAUUCAGGGAACUCAAUUUAGCGCCCACUGGUAUCACUGUCAUUUUAAUCUGCAGGUAGAAAGGCAAGUCCGAUUUCCGCCCCACAUAUGAAUUCUAACUUGGAGGAAAUAUGAUUUUGGAUUGAUACAUUAAAUUACUGCGUGCCAGAUUGGACGGGUAAAAAAAAAAAAAAAGUGGAUAGGCUUCGCUUCAUUGUAGCGAAUCAUAUUCACCUCAAACUUCAUUAUGUGAUCUACUUUGCAUACCUUAUUGUGACGGGUACGUGCUCUCUGACACUUUCCAAUAAAAAUAUGUGAUUUCCUUU